GCGGAGUGAGUCCGGAGCCGACAUGGGGACUGAGAGCGAGCUGGGGCAGCUGUGUGAGGGGCUGGACCGGCAGCUGCUCCGGUACCUGCAGGAGCUGGAGAGUCUGAGGGAGAAGCGGGAGCGGCUGGAGAGGCUGAUGGAGCAGGGCUGGUUCUCGCUCUCUAAAGCUCGCUACUCCAUGGGCAACAAAUGGGUUUCGUCACUCCAAUACGGACCGGAGAUGGUGCCUUCAGCUCAAGUUAAUGUAAGUCUGAAGGAGGAUGGUCGCUGUGGUUUCCAAGUAGAGAGAGUGGACUCCUGUGAAGUGAAAAGGACAGGAGCUGUUCAGGAAGAACAGAAAGAGAUAGUGGAGGUUGGAGCCAAAGAGCAGGUAAGGAGGAGAAAAGCCAGGUGGAGAGGAGACGAGGAGCAGAAGCUGCUGCCUGACGAUGAGCUGGCAGGCAGGUCACAGGCUUUGAAAGAAAGCACUGGUGAGGAAGACACGCCCGCGGGGCAGAGGGAGGGACCUGUGGCCAGUCAGGACCCUCUCAGGUGGUUCGGAGUUCUGGUGCCACAGAGUUUGAAAAUCGCUCAGGCUUCAUUUAAAGAAGUUAUGGAGGUCGCAGCCGAGGUAGCAACUCUCCAGAGCAGCCUUGUGAGCACCAAGGCAGAGUACCAGGCUCUACUGCGGCAGAAACACAAAGUUAUCGGACACCAGAGCGCGUGACAAAAGGAACUUCCUUCUGCCAACUUCAGGACAAUUGGAGGUCAGCAUCCUCCCCUUCAUCCCCACUCCUGGGGUUGGUUGAAUGAUUUCCCCAUCCAGCCAUCAUGGUGACAGUCUCUCCUGUGGAAUUGAGUUUUAGAUAAUGUUAAAAUCCUAAUUUUCUUGAUUUCACAAGCAUCCUAUUGAAAACAACUUCGACACUGAAGGGCACAGGGGUUUGGAUCAAUGACUUUGGGAGGCUUCAUGGGUGGCAUUCAGUGCCAACUUGGUACCACAGAUUAGCAUGCCAUCCUUUUCUGUCUGGGGGCUGAGUUUCAAAGCAUACUUCACUGACGUGAUGAAAGUGCUUCCUGUCUGCUCCAAGGUUCUGAUUUGUAAUUCGAUUCAAUCAGUUCUCGGAUUGUGUAGAGUCACAAUGUAAGGGUUCCUGCUAUUGGCAACACCACUCAAGAGAGACUGCAGCGUCCCUCUGCACUGUCCCCAUCAAACACUCCCAGGACAGGUACAGCACGGGGUUAAAUACAGAGUAAAGCUCCCUCUACACUGUCCCCAUCAAACACUCCCAGGACAGGUACAGCACGGGGUUAGAUACAGAGUAAAGCUGUCUCUACACUGUCACCAUCAAACACUCCCAGGACAAGUACAUCACGGGGUUAGAUACAGAGUAAAGCUCCCUCUACACUGUCCCAUCGAUAAAUGCAGCACCUGUGUACAGAUUAAGGCACUGUCACAGAGUGUGUGCUCUCUCCAGCAAUGUGACAGUUUCCACUUUCUCGUGUUAGUGCUCAGCCCUGCACUGACAUUGCCCGAUCAUAGCAGAUAAUGUCAUGCCAAUAAUCUGCUCCAGGUUUGGUCCCAGCUCCCAAAAUUAAGGUCCAGUGUUUAACCCACUGUGGACCUUAGUCUCUCCAAGAUGAUUCAUCAGGCCUGCGGUCUUCCUUCAGUACCGGGAGUAUAAACUUUCAUGUCGGGAUGUUUGUGUGAUUGUACUGUAAUACUGCACAGUGCUGAGUGCUGAGGAUUGCGGAAUUGUUUAGGCUGUUUACUUUCAUUGCUUCAGUUUAAAUUUGGCGUAUGAAAGCUUUCCAGUUGUUGUUUGAGGAAAUAAAUCAUGACUG